AUUUUCUUUUCAUUUCUCCUUUCUGUCUUUUUCUCCUCGUCCUUGCUCUGGAGGGGCUUCCGACCAAGCCGUCAUGGCUCCCAGUAGCAAAGAAGCCACCGCCGAGUGCGUCUCGGAAGAUGCCCUGGUUCACCUCAAGUCGUAUAAGUACUCCGCUGUCGACAAGUCACCCGUCUCCCAUUACAUACUACGCCCAUACUGGAACUGGGCUGCGAGUCUGCUCCCAGUAUGGCUUGCGCCAAACAUGGUCACCCUGAUCGGCUUCUUUUUUAUCCUGGGCAACGUUGGGCUUCUCGUCUUGUUCGUGCCUGACCUGAUAGGGCCAGGACCGUCAUGGCUCUACCUCAGCUUUGCGUUUGGUCUCUUCAUGUACCAGACCAUGGACAAUAUCGACGGCAAACAGGCACGGCGCACUGGCACCUCGUCCGGGCUUGGCGAGCUCUUCGAUCACGGUAUUGACUCGCUCAACUGCACCCUCGCCUCCCUCCUCGAGACCGCCGCUAUGGGCCUCGGUACCUCCAAGACGGGCGUCUUCACUGCGCUAUGCCCUUGCAUCCCCAUGUUCUUCUCUACCUGGGAGACCUACCACAGCCACACCCUGUAUCUGGGCUACAUCAACGGCCCGACCGAGGGUCUGCUGAUCGCGGCUGCCAUCAUGGCCAUGUCGGGUAUCUACGGACCACAGAUUUGGACGACACCCGUCGUCAAGGUGCUCGGCGAGCGGUACACUUUUGGCUAUGAGGAGCUGCUGGGUGAUCUGGCCGUGCGCGACGUCUGGGCCCUUACCAUCGUCGGCGGCCUGUUCGUCCACGUGCCCGGGUGCAUCAAGCACGUCGUGGAGGCGCGCAGACGACAGAACCUCCCCAUCGCGCCCGUCUUUAUGGAAUGGACGCCCUUUGCUGUUUAUUUCUUCUCCAUCGGCCUGUGGCUGUAUAGCCCCUUCUCCACGCUGCGCCGCGAGAACCACCUGGUCCUGUUCUGUCUGACCAUGAGCUUCGUCUUCGGCCGCAUGACCACCAAGAUGAUCCUCGCCCACCUGACGCGCCAGCCCUUCCCCUACUGGACCGUCAUGCUGUUUCCGCUUGUCGGCGGUGCUGUGCUGGGGAACCUACCGCGUCUGGGCCUGCCCCAGGUUGCGCCAGGAGUCGAGCUGGCAUACCUGUACGGGUACUUCUUCUUCGCCAUGGUUGUGUAUUUCCGCUGGGCGUUCCUGGUCACAGGGGCCAUCUGUGACUACCUAGGCAUCAAUGCGUUGACAAUCCCUCACCAGAAGACUGUAGAGAACAAGAAACGGGAGGAGGACGAGAGGAGGGCGAAGAAGGGCCUGUUGGCGAACGGCACUACUGCGAACGGAAAGAAGGCGCAGUAAAAACAUGUUAAGCCAUGGAGGCGCCACUGAUGCCAUACCGGACCGAGCGAGAGGUCCUAAGGAAGACGUAGAACUCCGAGAUGAUAUCAUGCGACGUAUUCAACAUACAGCGUCGACACUACUGCGGUAAUCAUCUCCUGGCCGCCAUUACUGCUACAGCGGGCGCGCAUCGAAAGAAGAGGAAAAAUCGGGAAUGGCUAUCAGACCGACUUCAUACUUAUGUAGACAGCUCGGAUCACGGCCAGGAUAUGAGAUGUCCUUUCUUAAGCAGUAAUACCAUCAUGCAUUGAGAGCGGCGUUGAGGGCAGACCUGGAACAGAAAAAGAAAUCAGCGAUAGUCCAUUUCUUUGGCAUUACAGUAUAAACGCAUAUAUAGCUUUUUUUUUAAAAAAUAAAAAAAAAAAACUUCUCUGAAGCG